AGGGCACCUACCACCCAAACAGCACCCAUCACAUCACAGAGAGGCAUGUACUCCCACCGCACAAACAGACCCAGAAGAGUAAAGUCUGUUGACUCUAUGCAUUCGAGUUUUGAUGAAAACCAGAUAAACAAUGAGUUUAUUAAAGCAAACUAUACAAAGAUAGAAGACAAUAAAGAAAACAACAGUUUUACCGAAAGAAGUCGAUCUUCGGUUAUUUUUUCUUUGAAAAAUGAAGUAGAUGGGCUUGUCAAAGCAUUGAAGCUCUUCCAGGAAAAGCAUGUUAACCUGAUUCAUAUCGAAUCUCGAAAAUCUAAAAGGAAAAACUCGGAAUUUGAGAUAUUUGUGGAUUGUGACAGCAACCGAGAGCAACUCAGUGAGAUCUUCCAGUUACUAAAACCUCAUAUUAAUGUCAUCACUAUGAAUCCACCCGAAAAUUUCAGUGUCCAAGAAGAGGAAAUGGAAAGCAUUCAAUGGUUUCCUAAAAAGAUCUCGGAUCUAGACAAGUGUGCAAACAGAGUAUUGAUGUAUGGAUCUGAUCUGGAUGCUGAUCACCCAGGUUUCAAAGACAACGUUUACCGCAAGAGGAGAAAGUAUUUUGCAGAUAUUGCAAUGAGCUACAGAUAUGGUGAUCCAAUUCCACGUAUUGAAUUCACAGAGGAGGAAGUGAAGACUUGGGGGACAGUAUUUCGAGAGCUCAAUAAACUGUAUCCAACCCACGCCUGCCGAGAGUAUCUUAAAAACCUUCCACUGCUGACCAAGUACUGUGGUUGCAGAGAGGACAAUAUUCCCCAACUGGAAGAUGUAUCUCGAUUUCUCAAAGAGCGCACAGGAUUUACUAUUCGCCCAGUGGCCGGCUACUUGUCUCCCAGAGAUUUCUUAGCAGGAUUAGCAUUUCGGGUUUUUCAUUGCACACAGUAUGUCAGGCACAGUUCUGACCCACUUUACACCCCUGAGCCGGACACUUGCCAUGAGCUGUUGGGUCAUGUUCCUCUCUUGGCAGAGCCAAGCUUUGCCCAGUUUUCUCAGGAGAUCGGAUUGACGUCUCUGGGAGCCUCGGAUGAAGCUGUUCAGAAACUUGCUACGUGUUACUUUUUCACAGUGGAAUUUGGUUUGUGCAAGCAAGAGGGUAAACUGAAGGUCUAUGGAGCUGGGCUGCUAUCCUCCAUUAGUGAGCUGAAGCAUUCUCUGUCUGGCAAUGCCAAAGUGAAGCCUUUUGAUCCCGUCGUGACCUGCAAUCAAGAAUGUAUCAUCACCACUUUUCAAGACGUUUAUUUUGUUUCAGAAAGUUUUGAAGAAGCUAAGGAAAAAAUGAGAGAAUUUGCAAAAACCAUUAAACGCCCAUUUGGUUUGAAGUACAACCCGUAUACGCAGGGCGUUGAGAUCCUGAAGGACACCAAAAGCAUCACCAACGUGGUCAGCGAUCUGCGUCAUGAGCUGGACAUCGUCAACGACGCCUUGAAUAAAAUGAACAAACAGCUGGGAGUUUAAAAGAAUACGACAAAGGCUGAAAUUAAGACCUUAGACCAACAGCUAGACAAUAUAAACCAGUAAAUGUAAUCCUGUGAUUGCCUAACCCUAACCAACCAGGAGGACAGGAAAUGUCCUGACCUAGGGUGUAUUCAAUACCUGUGUUCCCCAUGACCUGGGCCUAAACAUGUUAGAUAAGAGGGAUUGGGAAUGAUUAUUGAGGGAAAUGACUGAAAACUGAUAGGGCAGAGUGUGGUUGGAACUAACCUGAAGCAAUGCUAAUUUUGCCGUUCUGGCAUUGAUACAUAUAUGGCAGUGUAGGCAAAUACUUCUAUAGUGUAUCCUUUUUCAACAGACAAUUUGUUGAUACUUUUAGAUGUGCAAUAUGUAAAUGUUUUGCAUUCACUAAACAGGAUGCUUUGGAAGAAAAUCCAUUAUAAAAAUAUCUCCAAUUCAGAUGAGAUGUCAGUGUUCCAAUCUCUAUAAUUCCGAGUCUUCUAUUUGUCGUGCAAUCCAGCUGGUGAGAUUUAGAAGAGGUUGUUAUGGUAGCACAGAAUACAGUGAGUUCUUAUGCAUCAGUUUCACUGUUCUUCCCACAAUUGGUAAUAAGGCACUGGUUUAGAAAAAAUAUAUAUUAAUGGUACUAGAUACGUUACCAGUUUUACUUAUUUGGGUAAAAUAGCAUUAGAAGAAUUAGAAUAAAGUUCUAAAGUACAUAUUUUAGACACAAAUAAAUGUAAAAAUUUAACGCAUUAUGCAUCAUAACCAUGCAUUUCAAAAAAAUAUUUUGUGUUGUCGUUU